AUGCGGCUUGGACUCGUCCUAGACACCUGCUACACGAGAUUCCCCCCUUCCAAAUGUUCCGGGAUGGCCCGCAGCGCGUCCUUGACCGUAGGAGUUCAUCAUAUGGGGGAAACAUGCAACUCGACGUGCCCUUCGUCGGCGCCGCCAGAGGCUAGGCAAGCAAUAUCUUUACUCCACGAUUUCGAAUCGAUUGCAGUACGGGCGAACUGUAACAUGGUCGGCCGACGCGGCGACGCCCAUGCCGGCAUUCGGCCGAAUUGCGAGGGGUCCUCUGUUAUUGGCAUCAAAAAUAUCGGAAUGUCCUAUGAAGUGAGAAAGCUGGAGGAUGACCAGACCCAAGGGGUCAUCGAGGGGUAUUGUUUCUUUGUCUUACUCGGCGGGUUCAUGGACUCAAUGACGUCGUUGGUUUAUGAUAGACAAUAUGACAUCAGCAAUACCGAACGCAUCAACCCCCAACAAAUCCGAUAA